GACCCCACAACCCAUAAGGUUAUGUGAAUGUUGACAUAGAAUAACAAACAAUCUUGUAACUAUCUCUAUGUUUUUCUCCUUUUAUCACAUACACAUAAUAACCAACCUCCCUUCUGGAAUGCAUCAUUUCUUUCUCUCAUCACUUUUCCUCACAACUCUCUCAAACAAAGGAUGAAGUUACUUGGGUGGAUGCACAGAAAAUUUCGUCAGAAUACCGCUGAACCCUUCAAAGACUUGGUCAUCGGGACUUGUGAUGAUGAACACAACUACCCGAAUCCCAAAGGAAGCUUUGGGAAUUACAAACAUGUGAAACAAAGUCAGAAAGAGCAGACGAUAAGAAAAUCUUUCGCUGGUGUGGAAGACGAUGAGUACGACGAAGAUUCAGCGGGUGCCAUGUACGAGCUCUUCCACGGCUUCCUGGCGAUUGGAACCCUGGGUUCGGAGCCCUCAACAACGCCAACAUUUGCCAUAUCUGUGGAGAACAUAACCGAAAAGGAAGAUGAAGUCACUGAGAACGAACUGAAGCUGAUAAACGACGAGCUGGAGAAAGUUCUGGGAGCGGAUGAUGAGUCGUCGUGUGGGAGAAACAGCCAUGUGAGCAAUGGGAGAAGCAGCCAUGGAAGCAUAAUAACGCUGAGCGGGAAGCCGUUGUUGGAAGGUGGAGGAGAGUCAAACGGGAAUGGAAGUGCCGUUUGCCCACUUCAGGGGUAUCUGUUUGGAUCGGCGAUUGAGUUGUCAGAAACCACAACCGUGGCUGUGGCAAAGCAGAAGGAGCACAGGACUUCGCUCGGCGAGCUGUUCCAGCGAACCAAGCUGGCUGAGGAGAGCAUUGGAGGAAAUAAUAAGGAUGAUAACAAGAGAACUGAGAGGGAAGCAGACAAAUCUGCCAUGCAUCUCAUGAAAAAAAAGCUCAAGAAAAGAAUGCUUCACACUUCUUCCCGAACCUCCUCCACUGCACAACCUCCUGUUGAUUCUGCUUCAGCUGAGAGAAAACUGCAUAAGAUUCUGCAUAUGUUUCACAGAAAAGUUCAUCCUGAAAAUUGUACGGGUGCACAGAAGUGUGAUAAAUACCAAAAGAAUGAGAACAAGAAGAAAACAAUGAGUGAGGUGGUGCAGGGAGAGGACGAUAUAAUGAUACACCCCAAAAGAGCAGUGUCAAAGGAAAACAUCAUGCGACAAUAUUAUAAGAUCCAACCAAAUCCAUUCCACUUUGCUCUUGGCUGUGAAGAUUCAUCUGACAAUAAGGAGCACUGGAUCAAAACAGAUGCUGAUUACUUGGUGUUGGAGCUCUGAAGAUGGAAGACUGAUGUUGGGCUGCAGCAGCAAUAUAUGAUAUGAUAUGAUAUUGAAAAGAGUACGUUUGGGAGAAGAAGUAAAUAAGAGAGGUAGUCCCUCUAAUUACCUCUUAGUAGUGUAUACAAUAUAGUAAUAAUUAAUAAUAGACAGUAUCUGUGGUUGAAAUAAAAUUGUGAAUGAUGUAUAAAUGAAGUAUAUAAAAGAUAAUGUAUGUAUAUGGUGUGCAAUGCAAGGACAAAAGAAACAUUGGAGAUUGAAAGGAGUGGUAGAAGACCAUUAUAUAUGUGUGUGCAGAGUAUCUCAGUUGUUUAUUUCUAUGGAUCUUUAUGUUUGUUUCAAACUUACAACCUUA